AUGGUUUGGUCGGACUUAUUUGAAAAGAGAAGAGAGGUUGCUCCUGAUGCUAACCUAGGGUUCACACUUCCUAGUUCGAUUGAUGGUAAUAGAGUUGCAGACAUUGAAUUUGAAGAUGUUUCUGAAGAUAUCUCAAACUGUGAGAAUUUAUUGAUUGGGGUUUGUUUAGGUAAGAAAUUACCUUAUUUGAUGAUUAAGAAUUCCGUGUCUCGUGCUUGGAAGCUCAAAGGUGAGAUGAAAAUGACCAUCCAUGGAGACUCUAUUUAUGUUUUUGAAUUUGAUAAUGAGGAUGAUUUUCUCAGUGCUUUCGAAUUUGUUCCUGUUUUUGUUGCUAAUCAAUUGUUUCCAGUCAGACCAUGGCAUGAACUAAUUGAGCAAGAAUUAGCUGAACUUAAAUCAGUUCCAACUUGGAUUGCUAGUUUUAUUGGUAAGCCUAUAAUGAUGGAUCAUUUUACUCUGGCGAAAUCAAGAAUGAGCUUUGCUAGAGUUUUGGUUGAGUGUCCAAAAGCUAAGACUAAAGAGAUUAAAACACCAGCUAAGCAAGUGAAGACCACCACCACUGGUGAACAACAAUGGGUUGUCAAAGGGUCUAAGAAUAAUUGGCAUAAACUACUUAUUAAUACAAAUCCUAAAUCAUGGAUGGAUCACGAAAAAAUGGAAGAUGAUACUAUAUCUCUCGGUGGAAAUAAAGAAAAUGAAAUCAUGGAUGUUGAGAAUUCAGUUAGCAUUACCACAGAGAACAUGUUUGAUAUUUUGAUUGAGGAGGAUAGGGAGAAGCAACAGGAAGUUAUGGGUCCUUUGAAGACUAUGAUCCAAAAUUUCAACUCAUGUACUGAGAAUCAAAGCAAAAAUGGUCGCUGGAACAUUAGAGGGCUCAAUGACCCUCUAAAGCAACGUGAGCUUAGUAGAUUUACUUUAUCAAAUAAACUUUCUAUUUUAGGUGUUGUUGAAACUCAUGUUCAUCAGUUGAAUAAGGAUACUAUUAGAUUUGAUGUUAAUAAAAAUUGGAAUUUCAUUGAUAACUACAUUAAUAAUUCUUAUGGUAGACUUUGGGUGGCGUGGAAUCCCCUGGAAGUUACUGUUUCUGUUAUUCAUACUGCUGGCCGAGCUAAAUUUUUAGAAGUUGUUACUAGUUGUAACUUAAGGUUUGCUGUUACAAUGGUUGAAAAGACGAGGAAUCUGGGUAUCGAUCCUUCCAACAUGGUUCGUGGUAGAGGUCAGGGUGGUCCUCGCGAAGCUCUAGUUGAUGAGGUGAUGGAGAGAACUAGAUACGAUGAAUUAUCACGCACGGUUGAGCAGCUCUCCGGUCAAGUAGCAACAUUUUUACAACGACAUGAGCGCCGUCGUCCUCCUACGGAUGAAUCCAAUUCGGAUGGAACAGAUGACGAUACUGAUACUGAAAACCCCUUUGCUGGGCGUGAGCGUGCUUCUAGGAGUUGGGAAUCGUCAUUCCGCAUAAAGAUUCCUGAGUUUCAUGGUAGCGGUUUAUCACCGGAAGAUUGUAUAGACUGGUUCUCUACCGUGGAGGAAGUUCUGGAAUUUAAGAGGGUUCCUGAUGAUCGAGUGGUUCCGCUUGUGGCUACGCGCUUUCGCGGAAGGGCUGUUGUUUGGUGGCGUCAGUUGAAAGCAUCUAGAAUUCAGAAAGGUAAACCUCCUAUUACUUCCUGGGCAAGGCUUGAAAAGUGUAUGCGUUCAGCCUUUUUGCCAUUUAACUAUACCAGAGAACUGUAUAUUCGUUUACAAAAUCUUCGUCAGGGUUUUCGAUCCAUUGAUGAAUAUACGAAAGAGUUCUAUGAUUUGGUCACUCGGUCAGGUAUUACAGACACCGAUGAUCAGCUUGUAUCCCGCUAUAUAGGUGGUCUGCGUGAGACUUUCCAGGACACACUAAAUAUGUUUGAUUAUUUUUCUGUGUCUGAGGUUCACCAACGAGGUCUGCGUUUGGAAAAGCAAUUAUCCCGUAAGUCAAUUAGAGCAGCUGUUGGCCGUCCUACUAUUGCUCCUUCACAGAUUGCUUCCGCUCAACAGAAUGUUAGUACGUCUCAGAGGCCUGGUCCUAAAUGCUACCGAUGUGGUGAUCCUGGUCACUUGGCAAACGAUUGUCGUAAGGCUGGUCGACCUGGCAAAGCUUUACUCGUAGAGACUACUGCUGCUGAUGAUGUCUUUGCUGAUGCGGAGGAGACAUCAACUGAGUUCGAUGAAGUAUUUCUACCAGGGGACCAAGGUGACUGCUUGAUGAUUUCUCGACCAUCAUUCCUGGCGCCGAAGGUCGACGCUGACGAGUCAUGGCUCAGAAAGAACAUCUUCCAGACAACGUGCACCAUAGAAGGCAAAGUCUGUCGAAUGAUCAUUGACUCAGGCAGCUGUGAGAACGUGGUGUCUGAAGAAGCUGUGAGAAAUCUCAAGUUAUCAACAGAGAAACAUCCUAGUCCGUACUCUCUUCACUGGCUGAGUAAAGGUUCGGAGGUAACUAUUUCCAAACGUUGUCUUGUGAAGUUUUCCAUUGGUUCUAUAUACGAAGAUGCUUUGUGGUGUGAUGUCGUGGUUAUGGAUGCUUGUCAUUUGCUAUUGGGACGACCUUGGAAAUACGACAGGGAGGUAAUGCACGAUGGUAAACUAAACACAUAUUCAUUCUGGUUCAAAUCGACUCGCAUCACGUUAGUCCCUGCCAAGGAGGCUGUGCACAAACCACUCUCUAACCUGGCUUCCAAUUUUCUGUCUUGGCGUACGUUUGAGACCGAGAUGAUAGAUGAGGGUAUUGUGUUCAUCUUGUGUGGUCUUUCUCCUGCAUCUGCGACGGCUGUGGAGGUUCCGUCAUGUAUCCAGGGAGUAUUAUCGGACUUUGCAGACAUUUUUCCUGUUGACCUUCCGGAGGGGUUGCCUCCAUCUCGUGCUAUUCAGCACCGGAUAGACUUAGUACCAGGAUCGGUUCUUCCUAAUCGAGCUCAUUACCGUAUGAGCCCAAGAGAACACGAGGAACUACAGCGUCAGGUAGGGGAGUUAUUAGCCAAGGGUCUCAUCAGGGAGAGUCUUAGUCCUUGUGCAGUUCCGGCGUUGCUCAUUCCUAAGAAGGAUGGUUCAUGGUGCAUGUGUGUGGAAAGUCAUGCUAUUAAUAAGAUUACGGUGAAAUAUCGUUUUCCCAUCCCUCGUCUGGAUGAUAUCCUGGACCAGCUUCAUGGUGCGACGAUUUUUAGCAAAUUGGAUUUGCGUAGUGGCUACCAUCAGAUUCGUAUACGGCCUGGAGAUGAGUGGAAGACCGCUUUUAAAACUAGGGAAGGACUUUAUGAAUGGUUGGUGAUGCCGUUUGGUCUCUCCAAUGCUCCAAGUACGUUUAUGCGUGUCAUGAAUGAAGUAUUAAAACCAUUUUUGGGUAAGUUUGUGGUCGUUUAUUUCGAUGACAUUUUGGUUUAUAGUACUAACUUGGAUAUGCACUUGCGUCAUCUUCGUGAGGUCUUAGUAGUCUUACGCCAGCAAAAUUUCUUUGCCGCUACAAAGAAGUGUGUCUUCGGUACAGAUCGCAUUUUGUUUCUUGGAUACGUCAUAUCCAAGGAUGGUAUUUCCGUGGAUGAAUCGAAGGUUGAUGUUGUGCGUACUUGGCCUUGUCCGCAAACAAUCCAUGAGGCCAGGAGCUUUCAUGGGUUCGCAUCCUUUUAUAGAAGGUUUAUUCCCCACUUUAGCACUAUUGCAGCAGCAAUCACCGACUGCAUGAAGGAUGGCAAGUUUGCUUGGACAGACGCAGCUACAGCAAGCUUCAUCUUGCUGAAGGAGAAGCUUUGUUCUGCCCCUAUAUUGUCUUUACCAAAUUUUUCUUUACCAUUUGAGGUUCAUACAGACGCCUCUAAGGUGGGUAUUGGUGCCGUCUUAACCCAAACAGGUAAGCCGGUCGCCUUUUUCAGUGAAAAGUUGAAUGGAGCCAAACGUAAUUAUAGCACGUACGAAUUGGAAUUUUAUGCCAUCAUACAGACUCUCAAGCACUGGCGUCAUUAUUUGAUUCAUUCCGACUUUGUUUUGUUUACUGACCACGACGCUCUCAAGCACAUAGGUAAUCAAGACAAGAUGAAUGCACGCCAGGUUAAGUGGGCUAGCUAUCUGCAGGAUUUCACGUUCGUCCUCAAACACAAGGCUGGUACUCAAAACCGUGUGGCUGAUGGUCUGAGUCGUCGUCGGAGCCUCUUAACAUCUCUGCGGACUGAAGUAUGGGGGUUUGACUCGUUUGCGACAUUAUACCAAUCAGACCCAUAUUUUUCUGUCAUAUUGGAAGCUGUACGUGCUGGCAAUAAUACACAAUUCUCCUUGCUGGACGGAUUUAUCUUCAAAGGUACUCGACUGUGCAUCCCGUCCUGUAGCUUGAGGUUGAAGAUCAUCCAGGAGAUACAUAACGAAGGUCACUUUGGUCGUGACAAAACAUUCCAACUGAUCUCUUUCUCCUAUUUUUUGCCGCGUCUUUUUAAGGAGGUCCAACGAUUUGUCUCCCGUUGUCACGUCUGUCAGAUCUCUAAAGGGUCAGCUACGAAUGCGGGUCUUUAUAUGCCGUUGCCAAUUCCUUCGAAGCCAUGGAUUGAUAUUAGUAUGGACUUUGUCGUCGGUUUACCGCGCACUCAACAGGGAAUGGAUUAUGUUUUUGUUAUAGUUGACAGAUUUUCCAAGAUGUCACAUUUUGUAGCAUGCAAGAAGACUACGGACGCGGUUAAUGUGGCGCUAUUAUUUUUCAGAAAUGUGUACCGUCUGCAUGGUCUUCCGGAAUCCAUCGUUUCUGACCGUGAUUCUAAAUUUCUUAGUCAUUUUUGGAGAUGUCUUUGGAAAUUGUUACGUACGGAGCUAAAAUUCAGCAGCGCUUAUCACCCACAAACGGAUGGGCAGACAGAGGUAGUGAACCGUUCUCUUGGGAAUUUACUUCGUAGUUUGGUUGGGUCUCACACUAAGCAAUGGGAUCAACAUCUGUUUCAAGCUGAAUUCGCUUUCAAUAGAGCAAUUCAUAGAAGCACAGGGUUUAGUCCUUUUCAAGUGGUCUGUGGGUUUAACCCUCGUUCCUCACUCGACCUAGCACCGGUCAUGUUGAAACGGCCGCUGAUAAGCAUCGUCGUCAUGUUGAAUUUGAGGUAG